ACCGCCGAGUCCGUCGUCAGGGGCAUGUACGACGCCAUCAACCGCCGCGACGUCGAGGCAGCGCUCGCGUUCGUCGACGACGACAUCCUAUACGAGGACUUCAACUUUCCCGUCCCGUUCAAGGGCAAGGAGAGGGUGCGCAAGCUGUUCGAGGAAUCCUGCGACGGGAUCCCCGACGACAUGCUCUUCAUCGUGGACGAGUGCACCGACGGCGGCGGACUCUCCGUGGGCAUGACGUGGUACGUGGAGCUGGAGGGCGAGCCGUUCCCAAACGCCAGGGGCGCGAGUUUCUACCGCAUCGACCCGACGUCCGGUAAACUCGUGUACGCGCGCGACGUCGUGGAGCCCCCGUUCAAGCUCGGGGACGUGUCGUUCAGCAUCAUCAGGGCGGUGGCACCCGCGGUGAAGGCGCAGCUCCGGCGGGCGCGAGAGGCGCGCGGAGACACCGAGGCGGCACCGAAAGCCGCGACCGCGAACGCGACAGCCGCGAUCGAUCCCCCGAGCGGGGGCACAGCCGUGGACGACGAACCCGGCGACGCCGUCGCCGCCGCGGGUCUCUACGCGCUCGGCGCCGCGUACUGGUUCGUGCUCCUCCUCUCGCCGCCCGGGUGGCAGGGUCUGCCCGGCGAGCCCGCGUGGGCGGUGGCCCCGGAGACACUCGCGGAGGUUGUCGCCGAGUCGACGGAUUUCUUCUUUGUUCUCCCCGCGCUCAACAAGUUCGGGAUCGACCUCCUCGGACCCGCGCCGGCGGUGCACCCGGUGACCCUCGGCGUGUUCAACUUCGCCGAGGCGUUCAUCUUCAUGCUGCUCCCGCUGAUGCUGAUGACGCGCAAAGGCCGCGACCUGCCCACGGUCAAGGCGUGGUCCGUCGCGAUGUUUCUCACCAACGCGUUGAUGCUCCCGUACUUGGGCGCUCGAGCGGCUGCGCCCGCGCCCGCGGCGUGGCGCGAGGCCAAGGCGGACGGGACCGCGGCGGGGAUCGCGGAGGUGGCGCGCGGGGAGAAGGGGCUCCUGUCGAGGGCGUUCGGGCUCGUCGGCCUCGGCGUCGGUGUCCUGUCGGUGUACUGGGCGCUGUUUGAGGACCCCGCGGUGGGCGGCGACCUCGCGGCGCGGGGCGAGUACCUGCGCCAGCUGGUGACGGAGGACCGGGUCAGUCUCGCGUUCGUCGUGGACAUCGCGCUGUUCUCCGUGUGGCAAGCGUGGUUCAUCGGCGAGGUGGACGAGGAGGCUCCCGCGGCGUGCAGGUUCGUGCCGUAUUGGGGGCUCGCCGCGUGGCUGAUGCUGUGA